AUGGUCACACAUGAUCAUACUGUGGUUACCCAACUCGCUGUGUUCGCUGCAGAGACUCACAUUCUUCUUCAUGCUGUACCAAACCAAGAGAUGGUCCUCCCAAAUGCUCGAGCGACCAUCCAGCCAAUCAGCAUUGUGGAUGCAACGAGAGACAUAAACAUAGAGACCUCCAACUAA